CGGCCACGCCGCGGGGUCACCCCCUCUGUCCCCAUCCUCGCCCCGCAGGAGGACGAUGGCAGCCGGCGAGGAGAAACAGCACCUGCUGAGCCCGGGAGCAGGAGGGUCCUACCUGGGGGCUGCGCAAAAGGACGAACACAGCUCAGCGCCUGUCCUGGAGCUGGGGACACGGCGUGGCCAGCAUUGCCACACGCGUGGGGACAGCGGCCACCCCGGCCAGCAGCAGCGGGCCCGCAGGAAGCUCUACCUGGCUGCUGGCAUCUGCCUGGUCUUCAUGGUGGGGGAAGCCGUGGGGGGGUACCUGGCACACAGCUUGGCCAUCCUGAUGGAUGCAGCCCACCUCCUGACAGACUUUGCCAGCAUCAUGAUCAGUCUCUUUGCUCUCUGGGUCUCCUCACGUCCUCCCACCAAAACCAUGAACUUUGGCUGGCACCGGGCAGAGAUCUUGGGGGCUCUGCUCUCCGUGCUCUCCAUCUGGGUGGUGACAGGGGUCCUGGUCUACCUGGCUGCCCAACGCCUGCUCUCAGGUGACUAUGACAUCGAGGGCAGUGCCAUGCUCAUCACCUCUGCCUGUGCUGUGGCUGUCAACAUCGUGAUGGGGGUGGCUCUGCACCAGACAGGGCACGGGCACAGCCAUGGGGCAGCUGGGGAGCAGCCCAGUGCCAGUGUCCGUGCUGCCUUCAUCCACGUCGUGGGGGACCUGCUGCAGAGCCUCGGUGUCCUCAUUGCUGCCUACAUCAUCUUCUUUAAGCCUGAGUACAAGUACGUGGAUCCCAUCUGCACCUUCCUUUUCUCUGCCCUGGUGCUGGGGACGACGCUGACCAUCCUCCGUGAUGUCCUCCUGGUCCUCAUGGAGGGUACCCCAAAAGGAAUGGACUUCAACGCUGUGCGGGAGACACUGCUGGGGGUAGGGGGGGUGGAGGCCGUCCACAGCCUCCACAUCUGGGCACUGACAGCAGCACAGCCACUGCUCUCAGUGCACAUCGCCAUCAAUGCGGGUGCCAGUGCUCAGGAGGUGCUGGAGGAGGCCAGCACCCGGCUGCAGGGCACCUUCUACUUCCACACCACCACCAUCCAGGUGGAGAGCUACUCCGAGGAGAUGCGGGACUGCCAGGAGUGCCAACCCCCCCAAGACUGA